ACAACUUGUGACCAUGUAAAGGGCGAAAUCACUAAUUGACCCUAAUAGACUAUAACUGAAAGAAAGGAAAAAACUCCGUCAGUAUGCAGUUCAGUACUCACAGACCUCCUAUAUUCAAAGUGAUUCUCUUGGGGGAGUCGGGUGUCGGCAAGACUUCACUUUACCAACGGUUUAGAGCAAGGGAUAUACCCCUUACACAAAGCACGGCGCUAACACUGGACAGCUAUCAGUACAACCGGCAGUUUCCAGUGGGACCACAGAGCAAACCUAUACAGAUUGAACUCUGGGACACUGCAAACAUGGAGAGGAUGCAUUCACUCACCGAUAAUUAUUUCCGAGAGACAACAGCAGCUAUCCUCGUCUACGACAUCGCAGAUAGUCAAUCCCUUCAAAGAUUGUCAUAUUGGAGGAAUGAUUUCAGAUACCAUUCGGAAAGAACUUUAAUGUUCCUUGUCGGAAACAAGGUGGAUUUACCGCCAGACAAAUACGACGAGGAUCAGACGACAAUCGAACACGCGCGAAAAGUAAUGGCGACCAAUUUUGAGGAUGUUCUCGGCGCGUACGAGGUAUCAGCAAAAGAAGAUUACAAAGUGGAAGAAAUGUUCCAUAAGAUCGGACAGGUUCUGUGGGAGAACUAUAAAGAUGAACGGGAAAGUACAGGAACUAGAAGCUUGCCAGAGAUACCAGAGGGAAUGGGGACUAUCAAGUUGGGAAAACAUGAUAAAGGAACGAGAUUGAGGUUUUCAUUCAAGAAGGAAAAAUGUUGCUAUUGACGUUGACAUUUUCGUCACGAUUUUUUUAUAAAAAAACACACAGUAUUUGGAACGUCUUUUUUUCUAAAGACCAAACACACCUUCGUGUAAAU